CGCGGCAAAAAGGAUUUGGCGCGUAAAAGUGGCCGGGACUUUGCAGGCAGCGGCGGCCGGGGGCGGAGCGGGAUCGAGCCCUCGCCGCGGCCUGCCGCCAUGGGCCCGCGCCGCCGCCGCCGCCUGCCACCCGGGCCGCGCGGGCCGUGAGCGCCAUGGCCGUGGCCGGGGCCCCCGCAGGCGGCCCAUGCGCGCCGGCGCUGGAGGCCCUGCUCGGGGCCGGCGCGCUGCGGCUGCUCGACUCCUCGCAGAUCGUCAUCAUCUCCACCGCGCAGGACGCCAGCGCCCCGCCGGCCCCCGCCGCGCCAGCUGCCGGCCCCCGCGACCCCGACCUGCUGCUCUUCGCCACGCCGCAGGCGCCCCGGCCCACACCCAGCGCGCCGCGCCCUGCGCUCGGCCGCCCGCCGGUAAAGCGGAGGUUGGACCUGGAAACAGACCAUCAGUACCUGGCUGAGAGCAGCGGGCCGGCCCGGGGCAGAGGUCGCCACCCAGGAAAAGGUGUGAAAUCCCCAGGGGAGAAGUCACGGUAUGAGACCUCGCUGAAUCUGACCACAAAGCGCUUCCUGGAGCUGCUGAGCCGCUCAGCUGAUGGCGUUGUUGAUCUGAACUGGGCAGCCGAGGUGCUGAAGGUGCAGAAACGGCGCAUCUAUGACAUCACCAAUGUCCUCGAGGGCAUCCAGCUCAUUGCCAAGAAGUCCAAGAACCACAUCCAGUGGCUAGGCAGCCACGCAGCAGUGGGGAUCGGCGGGCGGCUGGAAGGCCUGACCCAGGACCUGCGGCAGCUCCAGGAGAGCGAGCGACAGCUGGACCACCUGAUCCAUCUCUGCACCACCCAACUGAGGCUGCUCUCUGAGGAUGCCGACAGCCAGCGCCUGGCCUACGUGACCUGCCAGGACCUUCGUAGUAUUGCAGACCCUGCAGAGCAGAUGGUCAUGGUGAUCAAGGCCCCUCCCGAGACCCAGCUCCAAGCCGUAGACUCCUCAGAGACCUUUCAGAUCUCCCUUAAGAGCAAACAAGGCCCCAUUGACGUUUUCCUGUGCCCUGAGGAGAGUGCAGGCGGGAUCAGCCCUGGGAAGACCCCAUCCCAGGGGACAGCUUCUGGGGAGGAGGACAGGGCAGUUGACCCUGCCACCACAGUGCCACCGCCAUCAUCUCCCCCCUCGUCCCCUGCUGCGGAUCCCAGCCAGUCCCUGCUCAGCCUGGAGCAAGAGCCUCUGCUUUCCCGGAUGGGCGGCCCGCGGGCCCCUGUGGACGAGGACCGCCUGUCCCCGCUGGUGGCGGCCGACUCGCUCCUGGAACAUGUGCGGGAGGACUUCUCCGGCCUCCUCCCUGAGGAGUUCAUCAGCCUGUCCCCCCCCCAUGAGGCCCUCGACUACCACUUUGGCCUUGAGGAGGGGGCCCCACGAGGCCCAGGGUGGCCACCUGCCCCCAGAAACCUGCGUGCUGACCAGGCCAGGUGGCGAGGCCUUGGCUUGCUUGUUUGCAGGACAGCGAGAGCACUUCUGUCGUCUUAAAGGUUUUUCUGAUUGAAGCUUUAAUGGAGCGUUAUUUAUUUAUCAAGGCCUCUUUGGCAAGCUUGGGGCACCAGCAAAGGGUAGGAGGGAUGUGGGACCGAUGCCCCAACCCCUUAUACCCCUGAGCGGGGCAGGGGUCCCUGAGCUGUUCUUUGCCCUACUCCGAAGGAGCUGAGGCCCGAGCGGUUUAUUUAUUGGGAAAGUGAGGGAGGGAGACAGACUGACUGACUGACAGCCAUGGGUGGAUCAAGGGGGUGGUCCCUCCCCAGGGGGUCACUGCAGGGCCCCAACUUCCCCCCAGGAUGGAUGUGAGAUGGGAAAGGUGAGUGGGGGACCUUCACUGACAGGGUGGGCAGAAGCGGUGGGUGAAGGGUGCCACUAGCCCAGACCACGGGGCCCCUCUGCCCCACUUGUUGCUCUGCCCCCUCCUCCAAUCUGCACUUUGAUUUGCCUUCCUAACCGCUCUGUUCCCUCCUGCUUUGGUUUUAAUAAAUAUUUUGAUGGUGUUUGGGCUGGGUUUUGGGACUAUGUGCUGGGAGCAGACCUGGGGGUGGGAGAGGUCUGGAUUGCUGGGGAAAUGCCCCUUGUCUUCUUCCCCUCUCCCAGCCCCUGCUUGGUGUCAUUUAAUUUGAGCUUCGUAGCCACAAGAAAGGCUUCCUCACUAUUUUUGUCCUAACUUAAAAACUGAUUCAGUGAAGUAGUAAGUGAACUCCUCUCCUCUCCCAAAGUGGCCAGAGAGGCCACUCUGAAUGCUGUGUUCUUCCAGAUGUUUCUGGGCAUUUGUAAACCUGCAACAAACAAUUACAACAGGAUGAUUCUGUGUCAGGUUCUUUUAGGUUCUGAGUACACAUGUCCUCUCCUGGGGCUCUCAGCCUCAGCCGGAGGAGACUUAUUAGACAAAUGAGUAAAUCAGAGGGCUUCCUCUAAGGGGUGGUGCUUGAGCUGAGAGCUGUGGGAUAGAGUUAAUGGAGGAGGAAAAUAUGAACACACCUAGCAGGGCAGUGCGGGCAAAGGCCCUGGGGCAGGAGGGAGCAGAGCACAGAGGACCUGAGAGAAGCCUGUUUGGAGCCCUGGGGUGAGUCCUGGGGCCAGAGUGGAGAGAGUUUCAGACUCACUGGUGAGUCUGAGAUAUCAGUGACAUAUCCUGUUUUUUAUUUUGAAAGUUCCCGUUGGGGGCUGUGUGGAAGAUGAAUUGAAGAAGGGCCAGGAUGGCAGAGGGGAGGGGAAAGAGGGCUGAACUGAGUUUGAAAGCAGAGGGGAAGGGUUGGGAGCCAGUCCACACUGACCUGUUCAGCCCCUCGGUGAGCUUUCUCUGAGCCAGUUCCUAUUUUAAGCCCUUUACAGUCAGUAGGUGAGUCCCC